CUGCCCUGAGAUAAGGUACCCUGCCUCCCUGCGCUUUGGGGUUUGCGCCUAGGCGGUGCAGUGAAGCACAACAUGAACCCCAGCCAGCAGGGCGGACCAGCCGACCAGACAGGCCGGGAGCUCGAGCUUCACCCUCCGUCGUCAUUAACCGCCAGCCAUCCUAGGAUCCACACCACAACACCAACAGCCGCAUGAGGAGAACUCGACCACCAUGGCUCCCCAUGCGGAGUUCGACAUCGAGCAGAUCAGAGAAAAGGGCCGCAAGGACAUCUUGUAUCUCUUGGAAUCAGUCCGCGGAAAGAAGAACAUUGUAAUUGAGAAGAGCUUGGCUGGUCCACUUAACGCCUUUGUCGGAGCGUCAACUUUGCGCGACUAUGGUGCCGAUAACUUCUUCUUUCUUGAGAACAACAACACCGACUCGAGUCAGCGCAAUGUGGUCUUCAUUGCCCGGGGCGAACUGGCCCAUCAUGCUCACGCGAUAGCAGAUCAAAUAAAACGUCUACAGCAAGAGAGCCAGUCUCCCCACGAGUUCCACGUUUUUUGGGUACCCCGUCGAACGCUGGUUUCAGACAAGGUACUGGAGGAGGCCGGUGUCUUGGGCGAUACCAAUGUCGCCGAGCUACCACUAUACUUCUUCCCGCUUGACACCGAUGUCUUGUCCCUCGAGCUAGACGACUCGUUCAGAGACCUGUACCUCGCGAAGGACCCUACACCAGUCUUUCUGCUUUCCAAGGCCUUGAUGGGUAUUCAACAAAAGCAUGGCCUCUUUCCCAGGAUCGUUGGCAAAGGGGAAAACGCUAAGAGAGUCGCUGAAUUAUUGUCUCGUAUGCGACAUGAAAUUCUCGCUGGCGAAGAAGCAGCCGAAGGGGACAAGAUCGGCCUGUCGCCCAGCACCACCAACGAAAGUGUUAUCAUCAUUGACCGCGAAGUUGACUUUGUCACACCCCUUCUGACACAGCUGACCUACGAGGGCUUGAUUGACGAGGUAUUCGGUGUCCAAAAUAACCAGGCCGAUGUGGACUCGACGAUCAUCGGCGCACAGCCGGAACCACAAGGCUCAACAACUGCCGCCGCUGCCGUCGUGAGCAACGGGCCCUCGCGCAAGCGCAAAGUCCAACUUGAUUCCUCCGACAAGUUGUUUGAGCAAUUGCGCGAUGCAAAUUUUGCAAUUGUCGGAAGUCUUUUGAACAAGAUUGCUCGUCGCUUAAAGAGUGACUAUGAGAGUAGACAUAGCUCCAAGACAACAGCGGAGCUCAAAGAUUUUGUCUCGAAACUUCCGGGAUACCAGGCCGAACAGAAGAGCCUCAAGAUUCAUACCGGCUUGGCGGAGGAGAUUAUGAAGCAUACUCGCACGGAACAUUUCAGCAAAAUGCUAGAGGUUCAGCAGAAUCUCGCAGCCGGAGCAGAUCCAUCAUCCCAGUUUGAAGCGAUCGAGGAACUAAUAGCACGCGACGUCCCACUGCCGCAAGUAUUGCGAUUACUAUGCGUGUAUUCAUGUAUCUCGGGCGGAAUCAAGACCAAGGAAUUCGAUCACUUUCGGCGCCUUAUACUGCAAGGAUAUGGCUAUCAACACAUACUCACACUCCAUAACCUAGAGAAGCUUCAGAUGUUCCUCUCGAGGUCGUCCCCUCUGGCAUCCAUGAUCCCCAUGACUGGAUCUGUUGGGGCAACGGGAACGAAGACCAAUUACACAUAUUUGCGGAAGCAACUGCGACUCAUUGUCGACGAGGUCAACGAACAGGAUCCCAACGAUAUUGCCUACGUCUACAGCGGCUAUGCGCCUCUUUCAAUACGCCUUGUUCAGUGCAUCCUUCAGAAGCAGUAUUUGCUCUCAAUCACAAAAGGAGCAGCUUCCACCAACACAGCCGGACCAGCUGCAGGAGGCGCACAGGGAUGGCGUGGGUUCGACGAUGCUGUCAAGCAUGCCCGAGGUCCGACAUUUGAUGAGGUGCAAAAGGGCGAGGACAAGGCUGUCAAGGCUCGGGCGCUGUUGUCCGGUAACGACGGCCAGAAGACAGUGUUUGUCGUGUUCGUCGGCGGUAUUAGCUUUAGUGAGAUCGCGGCUCUUCGGUUCAUUGCGAAGAAAGAAGAAGGUCGGAGAAAAAUUGUCAUCUGCGCGACGUCCAUUAUUAGCGGAAACAAGAUGAUGGAGGCCGCGAUCGAGAAUGGGACAUUUGGUACCGAGAGCCUGCAACAGGAGUCGGAUAGUUGAUAUUGCUUGAUGGGUACGAACGGAGGGUUGAUUGAUACUUGAUUCUGGUUGGGGGGAACAUCCACAACAGACACGGAAUACAGAAGCAUACCAUGACCACAGUUGGGGAAGUCUAGGCUGUGCUCAUAAUACGUGAUGGAGUGAAGGGAGUCAUUGACGAUAUUUGCUGCGAACCAGAAGGCAUACUGGCUUGGAAGAGAACAUGAGCCCUCUGCCAUAGGUUCACAGGGUUUAGUUGUUAUCCUCUCUCUGCGCCUCACGUGAUUGGAACACGGACCUUAAUUACUCGUAAUAACGCGCAAUGGCUGAAAAGAACGCUUUUGCAUCAAUUAAGUAAAACGACCAGCGUUAAUUUCUUGUCACUGAAAUUCUGAGCAUGCGCU